CUCUUUGCUUUCUUUUUCUUUACAUAUUCCAUAUACUCAUACCCUUAUUUUAUUACCAUAGUCAAGUAGCAGUGCUGAUGGCAAGUCAUGUAUCAAAUUCUCGGUAUUCUACUCAACAACAACAACCACAGCAAUUUGUAGAAAAAACCCAAAAUGGACAUACCGGAGGAGGAUUUGUGGACCUUAUGAAUCUCUAUGUUAAAAACCUUGAUCCUACUAUUAAUGACAUUGACCUAUUCAAUCUAUUCCGUCAAUUUGGACGUAUUGUCUCAGCUCGAGUGAUGACCAAUCCCGCGACCAGACAGUCCAAGGGGUACGGUUUUGUCAGUUACGGAAAGCCAGAAGAAGCCGCCUUGGCCUUGAACCAAAUGGAUGGCAUGUUGGUGCGUUCUAAACAAAUUAUCGUUGCUUAUCAUGAACCAAAAAAGCCCCGACAGGAAAAAUCAUCUUCCACCACCACUUCAUCUUUUCAUUCUCCUCCUUCCACAGCUCCCCCUAUGGAGUAUGUCACCGCUCCUUAUUUUGAGACAAGGCAUCCACACGAAGCCGUAGGCCCCGUUCACGGUUUAGGAAUAGAAAAUAUGGAUCAAAUCACGUUGAAGGAACUAUCCGUUGGUACCACAAUACCCAUGCAGCGAAAGAUUUCUUUGGCUGACAUCGGGUACCAUCCGCCUAACCGUACAUCACCACAGUUUCAAACUUCUCGACCUUCACUGGCCUCACUUGCCUCUGGUGCAAGUAUUCAUCCGGUACCACAUCAUCUUGAACAUGUGCCUGAAGAAAGAACGCUUCGACGUAAAAAGUCACUUGAGUCUGUCAGCUCGGUCAUGACGGAAUCAAGCGCGCAAGUACAAAGAAUCAAAAUGACAGAGGCUGUGAAACGUUGCGGGUCGUUUGGAUCGGAACUUGAUGAUAUAGUUGACAUGCUUCUAACACUCAAGCGCAAAGAACGAUCUAUAUGCUUAUUUAAUCCAGAUUUCCUAAAGGAAAAAAUUAACGCUGCUAUUGAGGCGUUAGAGAUCUUUGACGAUAAACAGGAAGAGCCUGAAGUUGUUGUUCGAAAACCUUCCCUUCCUAAAAAAGUCACAAUAUCCCCAUCAUGUCUCAGAGACCAUGCGAUCAUACCUCCUCCUCGUACAUCCAAAGCUAUACCCAUUGUUGCACCUCCCUCGCCUGAAGAAACAGCAAAGAUGACAGAAAUCAAAAAUCUUUUAAACUCAUUUGAAGGAAAGCCCAUCCACGAAAGAAAGCAGUUACUAGGUGACCAAUUAUUCCCCUUAGUGAAGGCUACUGGAGUUAAGCAUGCACCCAAAAUUACCAUUCGAUUACUCGAUACGAUCGAACUUGAAGAAUUGGCCAAAAUCAUGUUUAAUAAGGACCUGCUAAAAGCUCAAGUCGAUAAAGCUGCCGCUGCUAACGCUGCUGGUAGUCAUUCAUAGAACACACUUUUAUAUUAUUAUUAUCAUUAUGAAUAUCAAUAAUUACUUCAUCUCAUUUCUCUAUUAUCUUUUUAAUUAAACUUGUUGUCCUGGUAAUAUAUAUAUGUGCUUGCCUUGGUGUGGUAAAUCAUAUAUACACGAGUGUGUAUUCCAGGUUGCUAAUAAAGG